AUGGCGGGACCUUAUGCAAGUUCGGGCUGGUCGGACCUCCCCAUCGACCUCCUCAUCCGGAUACUGCAUCUCCUCGAGCUCCCCGAGGCCCUCGCCUUCGGCGCUGUCUGCUCGUCAUGGCGUUCUGCAUCUGUGGCCGCCGGCUGUGUCCCAUAUCGCCAGACGCCCUGGCUCGUGUCCUUGGCGGACGAGCCUCUUCCGGUAGGGGAUCAACAGCUGCGUGUGCGUCGUGGGCUAUGGGAUCCUGCUGCUACCACUGAGCACCGGAGCCUACUGGAUCCUGAUAGAACUUUUCAGGUCAGCUUUCCCGGGGGCCAAGCCGUGGCCUGCUGCGGCGCCUCCCAUGGCUGGUUAAUCAUGGCGAACGAGCUCUCGGAUCUCGUCCUAUAUAACCCCUUCACCGCGGCGUUGAUCCCGCUCCCGCCAAUCACUGGGUUUGCAUCUUGCAUCGAGGGGGCUUAUGAAGACGGAGGGAAAAUCGUGGGCUAUCGUUACAGGUGUUACAUGAUGGAACACGUUCAUGGUGUGCAGUCUCCCGGCGCGUGUUUCUAUGACAAGGUUGUGCUGUCCGGUCCUCCGUCCACUUGUCGCGCUGUCGCUCUGGUCAUCCACCUGGACGGCAAGCGCCUCUCUUUCGCAAGGAUAGGAGACAGCUAUUGGCAACAAGUUUCGGUGAUCCAAAGAAGCGGGGACAGCUUUGCCGAUUGUAUCUACCACCGCGGAAGGUUCUAUGCGGUGACAAUGGAAGGAAUAUUGAAGUCAUGGGACUUUGGUGGACCAGACAAACCGAGGAAGAAGACGGUCAUCGCCGAGGAUGACAACGACAUGUUCGACGACCCAGUUAUCACUAGGUAUUUGCUUUCGACACCUUGGGGUCAUCUCCUGCAGGUGCGUGUCUUUCUUGACACGCUCUGUGGAAACAACAUCAGGAUUGAAAUAGACAGGUUGGACCUCAAGAGUCAGACAAGGGUUGCACUGAGCUCAGGGAAGGCUCUGCGGGGACAUGCGGCCUUCGUCGGCCAGAAUAGCCCAGGCAUUUUAUCAACCAAAAAAUUCCCCGAACUAAAACCGGAUUGUAUCUAUUUCACAACUCCACGCCUCAGAAAGCGCCGCCCUUUCGAGAAUCGCCAUAACCAAUGGAGCGGCGUGAAGGUCUAUGACCUGAAAAGACGGACGCUCGAGGCGGCUUUCCCAUCUGGUGGAGGUCAUUACGGAACCAUCUGCCCAUUGGAAGUCUGGUUCACGCCGAGUCUAGUCUGA